GUUGAUCAAGCCUCCGUAUUGGGGCUUUCAAUUUUUUGUUUUUUAUAAAUUUCGCUGGAAUUAAUAAGAAAUAAACGGAUUGCCAGAUUGAUUGAAUUGAAGAAGAAUGGCAAUGGCCACAACAAAGAAUUCCUUGGCAAAAGCCAUUCUUCUCUUAUUCUUAGCAGCUGCCUCUUCUGAGGCAAAGCAUCUGGGCCACGCCAUUAGACCAUUUGCUCACAUUGGUGAGAAAAGAGAUCCCUUUGAGAAAAUCUUUAAUGUGCUACAUUUUGGUGCCAAAUGUAAUCCAAGAACAGAUAAUGCAUUGAAUUUCAUAAAGGCAUGGAGGGCUGCAUGCGAUUGGAGGGGAAAAGCAAGACUACUUAUCCCAGCAGGGGAGUUCUUAGCCUCAGAAAUGGUAUUUGCUGGACCAUGUAAAAAUACAGCUCCCACUAUUGUUCAAAUUGUAGGGACUAUAAAAGCAGUAUCAGAUAUGAGUAGCUAUUCAGAAGAUUCCUGGAUGUUAUUCCAAAAUAUAAAUGGCUUGAUCAUUAAUGGAGGCAUUGUUGACGGCCAAGGCCCUAAUGUAUGGAAAUAUCACGAUGGUGGAGGCAGUGUUUUCCCAGCAUCGAUCAAAUUUUUUCGCGUAACAAAUGGAGUUAUAAGAAUGCUGCAUUCUGUUAACCCAAUGGGUUUCCACAUAGGAAUUGUUCUAUGUGAGAAUAUCAGAGUCACAAAUAUCCGUUUAGAUGCUCCUGACGAUAGCCCCAAUACAGAUGGAAUCCAUCUCAGCCAAACCCAUCUAGUAAAAAUAACAAGAAGUGUUAUUGCUACCGGAGAUGAUUGCGUUGGUAUGAUUCAUGGAUGCACUGAUAUCACCAUCAAGAAACUAACUUGUGGCCCUGGACAUGGCAUUAGUAUUGGUAGUCUUGGAAAGUAUCCUGAUGAGAAGGAAGUGAAAGGUAUUACAGUGACAAACUGCACAUUGAAGAACACUGAUAAUGGAUUAAGAAUCAAAACAUGGGCAGGAUCACCUCCAAGCUGUGCUUCAGGCAUGACAUUCCAGGACAUCAUUAUGAAAAGCGUUAAGAACCCUAUCAUUAUUGAUCAAAGCUACGGAUCAGAGUCAAAUGAGCCAUCGAAGGUAAAGAUCAGUGAUGUUAAAUUCUUGAACGUUAGGGGAACCACAGUAUCAGAAGUUGGAGUAAAACUUGAGUGCAGCAAGAAGUGUCCUUGUGAAGGAGUUCAAUUGUCAAAUAUCGAUUUGCAUUAUGUUGGUGAUAAAAAGAAGCCGAUAUCCUCUGUAUGCCAGAAUGCAAAAAUCAAAUAUGCUGGUCGCCAAUUACCACCACCUUGCAAUUAAGUGCUUAAAUUUGCAAUUGCAACCUGUCUUGUCCAGCUUAAGCAUCAUCUUGUAUCACUACGCUAGAAUUGAGGCAAUGGAGCUUUCUCGAUCUAAUGGAAAAAUAUAUAUAUAUAUAUUAAUUGUUCUCUGAGUACAUAGUUGUGCAGAAUUGGUUGAAUAGGGCUAGCGAGUUUUUAGUUUUCACAUCAUUAGGUCGUGCUUUAGUGCACAAACACAGAACUUCAAACGCAAGAGGGAAUUGCAAUUUUCCAAGUCUAUGUAUAUAGCAUCUUUUCUUGCUUAAUUUCUAGCGGUUUAUCAAGAUUUGAUUAAA